ACAAGACCGGUGAAGUCGGAUUCAUGAUACACGUAUCGAUGAAGCAGUAAUGAUCACAGGAGGCCGGGAGUUGACCAGGUGACAUUAAUGAUGAUGUAUACCUGGGCACCAAGAACAUCAAGACCGGGGACAGGAAACGUCAGCAGCCCGACAGAGCUAGAGUGGUGUUCACGUAUGUAUAAACAAAUCUACAAAAGUUGUGUGUCUGUGUGGAUGUGGGAUGUCGACAAAUUGCCAUGAGGACGAAGGGGUAAUAAGCGAAAUCCAUCUUAUAGAAACACUGAGAUGUAGCGACUGUUUUCAAUUAAAACUGAGUUUACUCAAAGGCUCAAAGUCUCCACGAUGACAAUAUACACAUCGUCACUAAGGCUUCUAGCUGAGAACAGGAGUCCACCACGUCUUGUAUGAGUACCAGCGAGUCAUCUGUAGUUCUUUGAUGCUGUAUAAAACCAAGGUAGUGCCGAGGGACGCCAGACUGUCACGCCAGCCGAGGGACCUCAAACUACAGAAGACAUCAGUCAACAUGUAGGCACGGCUAACGACUCCCUGCUGUUACACCAUACCGGCUCCUUCUUCCUCAGGGGAAAUUUUUUUUUUAUUAGAAUACCCUUGACAGGAAGAUGGAUGUCCCAGCUCGCUUCAUUUCACACUCGAGACCCACAGAAUCUGUCACUUCCGGUGGCUGCUUGCUUGGAUCUUGCCACAUGUCCGUGCUUGCCAAACCACAGCCCUCUCCUCCUCAGUCUCACUAUGUGAACGUGGUCCAGCUGAGCUGCACUUUGAACUCCUUGGUGAAUGUUGCUGCUGGAUGUCUUGCAGAGAAUCCAGGCUCACAGACUGCGACAAACGGUCCGAGGUGUUGGGAAGGGAAAUGACGUCACUAAAUACUCUGUGCAUCAAGAGUAGUCUGCUCAUGCUUUGUGCAAGGCAGACUAAUGAUCUGUGAUCGACAGCAACAACAAUGGAUGCUGACGACUGCUGACCAGUUGAUGACAAGAGUGUGGGUAUCCUAACAGCACUGGCGGUUGAGGCGGAGCUGCCCGUGGGUACAAGCAGACGACCAAGCGUCUACAGAUAAGGACAUUAUAAAGAAGCAUGCAUCUGUUACAGAAAAUACUAUAAAUUUUAGCCAUGACACAGAGUGAAAAGUGAAAGAGUCAUGGCAUCAAUCAUUAUAUUUACAUUAUUGCUCCAGUGACACCAGGACGACAUUGUGAUGGCACGGAGUGCAAGCAGGAGUUGAAUUACAGAAGUGAUUGCCUCCGACAUAGCUCUGUGUCUGUUGAUGUUUAAGUUAAAAAAAAAAAAAAAUAAAGCUGAUUAUGUUCUGACGUCAGAGUCAUUGGAUCCCUCAAGGGCGGAUUCAGGUAGAACUGGAAUGUGGUGAUUGGUUUCAGACAGAAUUUAGUGAUGGCUUCAGCAAGUGAGAAUAUAUUAUUCAAGGGCUGAGGACUUGUUGAGAACUCGAUUAUGAGAAUGGAUUUGGAUUUAUCGUACGACGAGUACUUCGAUGACGUAGACUUAGAAAUUGACAUCGAGAUGCCAGAGACACCUGUACCACCCCGUAGCGCGCGCCCUCUGCCGGGUGGUGGGCAGCAGACUGGGCUCCGCAAGACACCCAGCAAACUGUCGUUGAACGCGCCGGACACGGGCAAGAAGCGCGGCGUCGUGACUAAAGACAACGACAAGGAAAAUGUGCCCAGCUAUCGUUACUCGCCUUUUCCAGACGCGGCUGAGGCAUCAGACCCCGAGGAAAAGCUGCUCAAGUUGUCCAGGACUCUGAAAGACUGUCUUCAGGAAGUCAGCAGACAAAGGUUGCGUGCACUUCACAUGGCACUUCGACGAUUUGGAAACUUGGAUAGCCGCAUCUCUGAAAAAGACAUGAUGCAGGUGUUUCAGGACAACCAGAUCGUGCUGACACCGAGGCUGCACCAGAUGAUAAAUGACUUGUUUGCUGACAGUCACGGCAUAGACUACGAGAAGCUGUAUCGCUGCUUUCUCAGUGCGCACGACCUUACAGGGCGGGACAGUGUCAAGGGUCGCAAAGCUCGGAAUGACGUGGCCCCACGUGCCCCUGUGCCCCAGGAGGUGCGUGACGCCGACUUCGUGCAUCGACUGGAGGAGCAGCUGGUGCGGGACCGCGCCUUCUUCGACAUCGACAGCCUGCGCCACGACUUCCAAGCCCUGGACUCCAACCGCUCAGGGGAGAUCAGCAAGGAAACAGCCCUGAUGACAUGCAAAGAGAAGAGUCCGCUGUACGGCGCUCUCCUACAGAACUUGCUGAAGCGAUGUAGCGAAGGGUCCAACGACAAAGUCAGCUGGCCCACCUUGCUCAGUUUCCUGGAGAAAGCUCAGGCCAACGCCCAGGCGCGGUUCCCAGAGUUGGUCAGCCUCGCAGAAAAAGCCAAGGAAACGGCUGCCGUCAACAUCGCUCCGGAUCCGAUAGACGAACUCUCGUCGGUUGCCAAGUCUCGCGUGAUGUCAAAGCUGCGGAAAAAGCCGAAAGUUCGUCAGGACUCGGUGUCGCCCACUCCCUCCACUACACAGUCGGUGAGCACGCUGGACACACCACGUGACGCGAUAGAGACAGAGCCCAGGACAGACGUGCCGACAGACGCCGGUCAGACGACACCUGAGAAUGACAAAGGUAAAAUGCCAGACGACCGCCAGGUGACGGCUGAAACCGAGAAGAAGGCCAACAAACCCGACACCCACUCCAUCUCUCCGAAGCCUCAGAGGGAGACAAUGUUUACCGGGAUGAAAACGUUCUUGGCAGUUGGCAAGAGGCGAGACAAGAAGUCGGAGGGCGUCAGCAAGAUCCCACCCGUGCUGGAGGAGGGCAGACCGUCAGACGGCGGCAGCGAAGCGCAGACAGAAAAAGCAGCGAGAGCGUCAGGAGAGCUGACCACACAGCUGACGGCCCCUCCCGUCACGGAAGUCAGUUCCAGUCCCCCGGCUGUCCCAUCUCGAGCCUUGGUGUCGUUCGCUGACCUGGGGCAGGGGCAUGGAGACACAAGCAGUGAAAGCCCCUCCAUGCCUGCUGCCACCAAGCCGCCACCGUUAUCCCAGAAACACCUGAAAGCACUGGACAUCCCCGUGGACCCUCCCAACGAGCGCCUUCAGCUGGAGUGGGUGUACGGUUGUCGUGGAAACGAUUGUCGCCGAAACGUUCAUGUGCUGGCCAGCGGCGAGCUGACGUACUUCCUGUCUAACAUCGUCAUCAUGCUGGACUGCACCAACCACGUGCAGCGUCACUACAAGGAGCACAGCGAGGACGUCAAGUGCAUGGCUGUCCACAAAGAUGGCGUAACUGUAGCAACAGGACAGUUCGCCAGCAUCAACAGACCAGAAAAUAAGGCUCACAUCAGGCUGUGGCGCUCGGACCUGUUGCUUACUGUACAUGUUCUCGGUGCUGAUGUCUUCAGCAAGGCUGUCAUGUGUGUGGCCUUCUCGCCUCACGCGGAAUUUCUGGCUGCUGUUGAUAACAGCUCACCUCAGAAAAUUCUGUCGAUCUGGGACUUGCGAACAGCCACCAAAAUUGCUGAAAACGGCCUGGAGAGCCAGACAGUGUGUGACAUGGACUUUAACCCCAAACAUGAGAACAUUCUCGUCACCUGCGGCAAGGAACACCUCGCGUGGUGGAGGGUCUUCCCAGAUGCUCAGAGGCUGAGUGUUUCUGCUUUGCCAGACUAUGAGAAAUCACUGAGAGCCAAGUACAUUGUGUGCCUGUCUCAUACGGACAAGGGCGACCUCAUCACCGGCGAUUCUAAUGGCACUGUCUACAUUUGGGCUGAUGGCGGCAACAAGAUCACCAACUUCAUCAAGCACGGCCAUGAUGGGCCUGUGCUGUCUCUGCUGUUUUGUCGUCAACAUCUCCUCACAGGAGGACGGGACGGCCAGCUCCGCUCAUGGGCAUGGUCAAAAAACAUGAAUCAUGCUAACAACUUGAUGAUGCCGGCCUGUGAAGGCGGCCUGCGCUACAUGAUGGUGCAUGAAGACUCUCUGGUCAUCUCGACCACCAUGAACUCGCUGCUGAGUGUCAAGAUGGCGCCCAGGGGCUGUCCUCUGGAUAAGGCGACGUUUGACCAAACCCCUGUCACCCAGGGUCACUUCGAUGACGUGUACGGGGUGGCAGUGAUCCCCAGCUCCGUGCUGAAGGCUGACGUGCUGACGGCGGGUGUGGACGGGGUGCUGUGCAAGUUCAGCAGCGAGCUGCGACGACCAGUGUGGAAGCUGUACCUGAAGGGUAUGGAGUUUUUGUGUGUGGACUGCAGCUCAACUGGGGAACACAUGGCGCUUGGAACAAAAGAUGGACACGUGGUCGUCCUUCGUCUGCAAGUGUCGGACAUGACGGUGGUUGAGGUCAUCAAUCAAAAGGUCACCGCCGACAGGCUGGACUGCAUCAAGCUCUCCCCUGACGGCAAAUGGCUGGCCGCCGGAAGCCAUGACACAGCCAUCUACCUUUUCCGCCUCACCUCGCACGACGACGGCGACGUCAGUUGGGAGAUGUACAGUAAACUGAAGGGCCAUGGUGGAAGAGUGACUGCUCUUGACUGGUCCCACGAGAACAAGAAUGGGAGUUUCCUACUCAGAAGCUGUUCGUCCUUCAGCGGGGAACAAAAGAUGUGGAAUACUUUGACUUCCAUUGAAAUUCCUCUCAAUGAUGUUGACCUUGACUCCUUUACAUGGGCGACAAAUACCUGUUCUGUCGACCAUCUUCUUACAGGUGUUGUGAGAUCCUUCCAGGGCUCUGCGCCACAUAUCACAGCAGUGGACGUGAACCCUUCACAAACGCUGGUUGCCGUGGGCAACAACCAGGGCAGUCUGUGUCUCUACCGCUACCCGUGUGUCCGGACAGGGAUCUUCUGUCACACUUACCGAUGCCACCACGUAGUUGCCGCAGUUCGAUUUUCUCCUUCUGGAUCAUCCAUCCUGACCCUUGGCGGUCAAGACUCGACCCUGCUACAGUGGAAAAUCGUGUGACAUGCUGUGUGAUUCAACAUGGAUUAUGCUUUUCUAAUUCCAGCAUGUCAACCAUGCUAAUUUUUUUUCAUUUUUUAUUGACCAUAACUCUGCUGAAACAUUUCUUUUUAAAAAUAAAGGUGACAGGGUAAUAUUUACUGGUUUUAGCUAAGCUCUUGGGAAAAUAUUUUAACCUGCAUGUACAGUAACAUCUCAUCUCGAUCCGAGAGAUGGGUUUGUGUCAGACAGCAAGUCACUGGUGGGUGUUAGUCUUAUUUUAGUGUGUCCCCUUCUGGUCCUUGAGAUCACCGUUGAUCACAGAGUAGUCAACUGCUUUGACAAUAAUGUUUGUUGUCUUAUGACAGUUCUCGCACAUUGUAUCAAAGGUAUUUGUGAUAAUAAUGUCUCGGUUUUAAAAAUAUUUUAAAUACGCACCUAAAUCUCACAGAAUUCAUGUUUUUUCAGUUACAUCCAUAAACCGCUCAAACUUCAUGCUUGGUGUACGGUUAGUUAAGAUGCUCUCAACAAAAUGACAGGAAUGUUCAGGCAGUUCCUUCAAGCGGAAUAAAAGGAUCAAAACUGUGAAUCUUAACCACUGUUAGGUGGACUUCUGUUUUAUGUAGGCUGAAACACAGCUGGCAUAAAGUCUGGAACUUGAAGAGUUCGAAGUGGUACAACCUCUUAAUUGGGUUCCCGGGCUAGGUUGGUUAACGAGUGUCAAAAAUCUCACAAUAAAAAAACCAGACGACUGAUGGCUACUGCAUAUGGAAACUCAAAUUUAUUUACAGUUUUGUACCAAGUUAAAAGAAAUGUCAAGUGGUGGAAGAUUGUUACCACCCAAAUAAAUUGCAUUACCUGAAAAAAGCAAAA